AAAAACAUAAAAUAAAUGAGGAGUUUUCUUUUUCUUAAUGGAUUAUCUCCGCCGUCAAUCCAGUCCCCCUCGCACUCACCAAAUCCCACUUUCUCUCCCCUGAAGUCAGAUACACGCGUUCCUCCCUCUCUGGCUCUUUCCUUAGAUUCUCUAAUAUCUCAGAGUAGAGUAAAAAUCAGAGUCAUCCCUAUCUCUCCCUCUUCUCUCUCUAUCUUCUUAUUUGGGUGUACGGAGAAAGCAUGCUAUCUCCAACUCCACUCGCUCUUCUCUCCGCUUUACUCCUCUGCUUGCCUCUCGCCAUACUUUUCACCAUCAACAGUUCCCGACCCACAACCACCAUCACCGGCGGCGGCGGCGGUCAUGGAAGCCCAUUUUCCAUUUCUGUGCCCAGAUUCUACAAUACCCGCAAAACCCGCCAAAUAUUCGACACCAGAACCGUCCUUUCACCUCCUCCGCCACCGCCGCCACCUGAAGACGACGACUCUCUCUUCCGGGUCGCUUCCCGGGUCAACUCAAAACCCCCACGUUCUUCUCCAAAGAAGCUAGCCUUUAUGUUCCUUACCACUACUCCUCUCCCUUUCGCGCCUCUUUGGGAACUAUUCUUCAACCAGACGCCCAAAACCCUCUUCAAUAUUUACGUUCAUGCCGACCCGAGUUACGAGUACGACCCGCCCUUUUCCGGCGUGUUUGCUAAUCGGGUCAUUCACUCGAAACCCGCACUCCGUUUGACGCCGACUCUUACUUCGGCGGCGCGUCGGUUGCUCGCUCACGCUCUACUUCACGACCGAGCGAAUUCCAUGUUUGCUCUCUUGUCCCCUUCCUGCAUACCAAUCCACUCCUUCAACUUCACUUACAAAACCCUAAUGUCAUCGAAGAAGAGCUUCAUCGAGAUCUUGAAGGACGAGCCAGGAUCCUUCGACAGGUGGGCUGUGCGUGGGGCGGACGCGAUGCUGCCGGAAGUGAAGCUAGAGGACUUUCGGAUCGGGUCGCAAUUCUGGGUACUGACCCGGAAGCACGCGAGGUUAGUGGUGAGUGACAGGAAGAUGUGGCGUAAGUUCAACCAACCGUGCGUGCGGGAGGACAUUUGUUACCCCGAGGAAAAUUACUUUCCUACUCUCCUGCACGUGCGAGACCCGCGAGGUUGUGUGCCGGCGACGCUGACGCACGUUGACUGGACGGUCAGCGAAGACGGUCACCCGCGGAUGUACGCGGACUGGGAGGUGGGUCCCGAUCUGAUAUCUGAAUUGAGGAAAGCGAGGCCUAGAUACGGCGAGGAUGAGACAAUCAACGGCUCUGAUUUUGCUGUGAAAGAGCGGCGUGACCCAUUUCUGUUCGCCAGAAAGUUCUCGCCGGGGUCGCUGCAGCCUUUACUCAGCCUGUCAAAAGACGUUCUCUUCAAAGAUUAGGCCCUAUCCAGCGAGGGCAUUUUUGUAAAUUUAAGUGUCUUUUUUAAAAAAAAAAACUUGUUCAUGAAAAUAUUUUAUUAACAUGAAAAGCUUGGGAUCAAACCCAGUAUAUAUGUUUUUAAUUCGACAGGUGUCCUUUUUGUUCACCAAAUACCAAUUCAUUCUUAUGUACAGUAAUUUAUUUUGAACAA